AUGACCAGCGGUUUUGCUGUCCGUAAGAACGGCUCCUGCCUUCGAACUGAGACCGACUGUGGUGAAACCGUUGGCGGGUUUCGUGGCUGCUGCCCAGGAGGUACAUUCUGCCCUAUCGCCUACAACAUCGAUUGUUGCCCAAGCGGCGAAAAUUGCACGGAGUCGUUAGUGAAGGAACCAAGGUGUGCGAAUGCGACAUGGGAUUUGUAUGACAAUGGGGGAUAUUUUUGCUGUCCACACGAUACGAUAGGAUUCGCGCUGGCAGGACAGACUGACGGCUGUGCCGGUACAGGUUACUCAUUUGGUGAGCGGGAUACAAGGUUAGAAGUUAUCUCCUCAGGGACUGUUCUACCAUUUCCAUCAACAGCGACAACCUCUGAAACAUCAACAUCCACAGCCACGUCAGCUACAACUACCUCCGCGGCAGCUACCCAGACAUCCUCAUCCUCCUCGUCGUCAUCAGGUGUAGAUAAGGGUGCAGUUGCAGGUGGUGUUAUCGGUGGUGUCGCCGGUGUGGCUCUCAUUGCAGCCUUCGUUUGGCUGUUCAUGAGGCGCCGGUCACGGCCUCAGCCGGCACCUAUGCAAGGCGGGAAUGCGCCAAUUCAUGACUACAAAUACAUCUCAAAUCAGCCCGUUGAAGUGGAUGGGCAGGGGUACCGGUAUGAGCUGGAGAGUCGACAUGAUGCUCCAGCUCACGAGUUACCGGCGCAACUCCCAGGUCGGUGA